AGAAUUUCUGGUAAGUCUUCGGUAAAAUGUGUUCAUAAUUAGAAAAAUAUACCAAAAGUGGCAAUAAGUCAACAAUCUAUGAAAUAUAGUUUCAAAAAACUUGUGUGUCUUCGAUUUGAACUCGACUUUAAAAGUCUGUGAAAAUGUGCGACGGUUCUAUUAUAAAGAGCAGCAGCAGAAACAUCGACGGCAACGCUGGCGCAGCAACCAAAUAGAGGAAACGCAAUUGAAAUCCACUAAAUUAAGACUGCAAGGGGAGGUGCGAACAGACGUUUGAGAUUAUCUCGAUAUUCCUUCAAUUUUACUUGAAGCAUUUUUAUACAAGAAAAUUACUUCAAACACACACAGCAACAAAAUAACCAACUAUAGUUCCACGCUUUGUUUCUACCAAAAGAAAAAAAACUACAAAAAGAAAAUAAGAGAAAUACAAAACAAAUUAAAUAACGCAAUCAGCAGACGAUUUAAUAUAUUUAAUUUAAAGAGUAACGUUAAUAUAAAUAAAAUUCAUAGAAGAAAUGGCACACAUUGGACGUACAGUGAAAAAUGUUGAGGCGCCACGCCCACUAAAAUCACAAUCACGCUCUUCACUGAAAAACAAUUAUAUGCUCAUCGAAGAGUUAAUACAGCUGAUUGAGAAUGUUGCCUUGACCCUACAAUCGGGCAUCAAUAAUACGGAACCAAUGGCGGCGCUAGUGCAAAAUCUACGCAUACACGGUCCACAAUUAGAAAGCGUCUCAAAAGAUACACUAGAUCGUGCAUUUGUUGUUUUCCGCAAUGCUUCGCAGGACGAACGCUUAAAUAUUAUGACGAGACUGAAUCUGCUCGAAUUGAUAGAGUUACGCGCCAAAGGCUGGGAGGACAAUGGCUUCAAUUCGUAUUAUAAAACCAAACAAGUAACGAACAUCGAUCUACCCGAUGGACAUAUUGAUCCAACACAAAGCGGGUUCCUUAGCACCUCCCCCACAUUCGGUGGGGCUGGCGCCGCAGCGGCCGCAGCUAUAGCCGCUGUUGGUUCGGCGCAGCAGACGCAACUCCUAUUGGCACCAGGCGAGGUCAUACGAAAUUCGGGCAAGUUCCUGAAACCAACCAAAAUACCGGGCAAAACCUAUUGCAAAGACGAAGUGGUCAUACGUAAUGCGGAUUCGGGAAAAGUAAUGGGCAUUAAAGGUCGACGUGUCCAUAUGAUUGAGGAGUUAAGUGAAACGAUAAUUUCCUUCCAAAGAGUAAAUCCCGGCGCUAAGGAACGUUUGGUGCAAAUUACCGGUCCGACUGAGGAGAAAAUAAACUACGCCAAACAACUCAUUGAAGAUACUAUUCGUCGCAAUGCUUCACCUGUACGUCUCGAUCCCGCCAUGGGUAGCGGUCAUGCGGGUGGCGGUGGCUCAUGCUCUUCAUUAGCGUCUUCCAAUUCCGAUGAGGCCGUUACGCCACGUACCCCAGGCGCUGGCGGUGCUGGCAACAACAGUCUAGCCAAUCGUCUGAGCUUCAAUUCGGCGCAAAACUUCAUGACUGCGUCUGCGGCAGCAGCUGUUGCACAACAGCAACAGGUCAUGAAUAUGAUGGGCGCCGUCGUUGGCAGCACUUCCACACCUACGGCUGCUGCCGCAGCUGCAGCUGCUGGUAAAGUGUUGCGCCCUAAUCAGCAAAUGUUAUUGCAUUCAUUCUCCACCAAUGAUGCUUCUUUAGGUGAAUACAAAUAUACGGUGAACGUCGGACAGCAUCUCAUCAAAAUCACCGGCGAUUGUUGUGAUCUCGUACGGGUUGCAAAAUUAGUAUUGGACGAUUACUUUAGCAGCGCUGAAUUCUUGGCUUCAGUCGAGGCUGGCGCAGCCUUUGAUGGCAGCAUUGUCAGUCCAAUAACAACACCAUCAACACCCAUGAGUGCGCCACAAUUCAUGAUGGGCACACCAUUGCAUGCCGCUGCACCACCGCUGGCGGAUAGCGGUAUCGGUUUGAAUUACAUGGCCGCACAGGGUGUUAACAGUAGUGUACACGAUGGUGACGAUGAAGUAUUUGCAGAUACAAAUGCUGCCGGCCAAAGCAAUGGUCUAUCACGUUCACGCAGAAGUCACUUCUCACGUAAAGACUCCACACCAGAAGCGGCAGCUAGCUCAACAGCUGCACGUGGUAAAAUUGAUAAUGCCACCGCUGGCACUGUCAGCAGCGAUUCAUCAAGAAUUGUUCACGAAUACGAACAUUUGUUGUACUAUUCGAAGAGCCCUCAUUCCUGGGCCUUGCCAUUGGAGUGGCAAAAAAUCUGCGAAAAGUUUCCAGCCAUCGUACGCUAUAAGGUAACCCAACUCACUGCCAUCACAGGCACCGUUACUAAUACAGCACCGAUAUUCCGUGUUGCUUCCAUAACUACUACUAAUAGCAAUGUUUCUACUCCUACUACUAUUAAUACUACUACUACUACUACUGCUACCACUGCAAUUGCAAUUACGCCCAGUACUACUAUGCCAAAUAUUGCUAGUAAUAAUAAUAUUAAUAGUUCGUAUAAUGCCACAGUAGUCGGCUCGGUUGGUGUCGGUGUUGUUAGUGCUAAUGUAACUAGUAGUUUAAGUAUGACCACAAAGAAUAUAACAAUGCCAGCACAGCCGGCACACCAAUCUACAGUUGUUGUUACACAACAACCACAACAACAACAACAGCAGCAGUCUAUGCACAUGCACUCUAGUAGUCCUCUUAUACACAACCGUCAGCAGUUUGAACUGCACACACCGUUACAUAUCAAACGUAAAGGGUUUUUUAAUCGUCAAAUAGUCAGUAUUGACGAGGAGGGCUACGAUGCGCUCCAACAACAGCAACAGCAGCAUUUGCAACAACAAUACCACACAGAACGUCAUUAUAAUCAUACAAAUAAUUUAUAUCAACGUGCGUAUAAUCAUCAUCGCACCGAUACAAAUGCCAAUAACAGUAAUCAACAACAACAACAAAUUCACUAUCAGCAACAGCAAAAGUUUAUGUCUGUCCGUUCUGGCGCCAAUACCGCCAAUUUUAGCUAUGCCAACAUGUCAUACAAUAGUGCAGGCAUAGCAACACCAUCACCAGCAGCAACUCCCACCAAUAAUCUAUCAGCAUCCUUCAAUAAUGGCAACAGCACCAAUAACAGCUCCUUUUCACAUGCCAAUAUGGAUAAUAAGCCGCAAAAGCUAUUAAACAAACAAAUCAAAUUGAUUUCCUCCAUAGUGGAGAGUACUUUAAUACACGAGCCAACUGAAGUUGUCAGCAAAUCGCUUGAAUCGAAUGCGAAUGACAACAAAGUCACAGCUGACACAACUGACACGCCUGAGGGUGAUAGAACCAAGUUCGCAAAGUCCAAAUCGGCUAGCAAAGCUAGGAACACUAAACGUGACGCCGGUGCCAAUAAUGAUAUUAUUGAAAUCAUAGACGAUGAAGAUAACGAUACGGAUGUGGAGUUUGUUAGUGAAACGAAAUAUAUGCAGACUGAGAUAGUAAUAACUGCUGAUGUUGUGGCCAACCAAAGACGCGCCGUUGAACGGCCAAAAUUUAUACGUGAAUAUCGCUCGAACUCCACAUGCGACUAAUAUUUCGAGAAACGAGUUGUACAAAGAAAUUGAGUUUAAAGGGUUUUUUGUGGCCAAAUAUGCAUUAUGCAUUAAUUAACUCAAAACUCUAAUUCGAAAAACACAAUAGUAAUUUGUACAUCUAUACCAAAUGAUUACACAUUUUUACCAACAAUUUAUCGAACUGAAAUUCACCACGAAAAACUAUUUAUAUAUAUAUAUAUAUGUAUACAUAUAUAUUGCGAAAAAACGAGUUGUACCUAACGAAAAUCUCAGCAAUGUUUCUUUAAUAAGAACUGCACAUUUCAAACGCUGUUUUCAAGUAUUUUGUGUAGAAUGUAGCAUAAUUUUGAAAAAUUUGCUACUUGAUCUCACAUAUAUGCACAUUUAUGCUUCAAUAUUUAUUUUGAGCAGCUAUAAUUUUUGAUUGAAAAUCAAAUACUCGCAUUAACUGAUUACUAAUGCUGUGUGUAGGUUGUUGCAAAAGCACACUAAUUGUUGUAAUCUUUUAAGCAAUUAUGGUAAUUAAAUUACCCAAUAAAUAUUUAGCAAACGUUUCACUUAUAAAUAAUUUGAACAGUGAAUUGAGUGAAUUGUGGCAGCAUAUUUUAUUUUAUUUCUUUUUUUCUGUUUUUUUUUUUGUAAAAUCCAUAAUAACGAUUUGACAGCUUAAAUGUCAAUUAUUCCAGUGCAUUGUGCAACUAUAAAAAACGGAAAAAGUCAAAAUAUGUCACAAAAUGUCACAAAAAAAAACAUUUGUGACAUAUUUUCGUAUUAUUAUUAUUUUAUAUAUAUUUUUAUAUUAACCGCCUAAUCACCAAAUACGCGAUAUAUUUUUAUAAAAGAUAUGAGAUAAAAAAUCUAACUGCACACAUUUGCCAAAUAUUCGUUCCUUAAAAUAUGUUUAUUUAUAUGAAAAAUGUUUAUAUACAAUAUAUUGUAUGGAAUACAAAAAAGAAGUAAAUUUAACUAACACACUUGAAAUUAAUUGUAUAUUUUCAAUUUGUAUUGAAAAUACAAAUUUUAACGUUUUAAAGCAGAGCUUUUUAGGCAUGUGAAAUGCUAUAAUUAACAGUUUUGUUUCUAAAACAAAAUCAAAAAUUAAAUAAAUGUACUACACAUUUAACUAAUCUGUGUUUUGGCUGUGAAACAGAUUAUUAUUAAACCAAAAAAAAAACAAAAAAAAAAAACCACGAAACAUGCAAAAUGUUGUGACAAAAAGCAAAAUACGUGAAAAAUUAGCAAAACUCCUAGUGAACACUAUACUAAACGAGAAACCCAAAGAUUUUUGUAGUUUUUUAGUAAAGCAAAUAUGCAAUGAGUAAAAGCAAUCAACACAAAUACACACACACAAACAUUUAUUGCAAAUAAGUAUUGAUGUCGUACAAUGAAAUGUAUUUACGAAUUUUUUAGUUUUUUGUUUUCACAAAUAUUUACAAUUGAAAUCAACUAAUGUUUUUCUUUGAAAAUAUGAAGUAAUUUUACUGUAAAUACACGCAACGAUUUUAGCUCAUUGUACGAUAGCACGCGCCUAUGUAUUCUGGGUGAAGGUUAAAAUUUCAAAUUAGUUUUUAAGCUCUUUAUGCAUACAAGUAACUACAAUUAAGGCGGUUAUGGUAAAGCGCUACGAAAUCAAGUACUGGCAGAUUUUUGGAAGAAUACACAACAGCAUACAUUUAUACAGCAAAUACAUUUGGUUAUCUGCAUAUAUAAAAUUGAAAUUUAACAAUGAAUUAAUAUUCGAUAUUUUUACACACAUAUGCGUAUAUCAUUAAAAAAAAAAACAAGACAUACAUACUCGUACAUUCAAGCGCUAUUGCUUCCGCCUGCCAGCACUUGAUAUGAUUUCCAUUUUAUAAAAACGAAGCAAUUGUUCAGUUAUAACACUUUAAAAGUGCAUAACUACACCUACGUUGUUGUAAGGUUUAUAAAAACGUAAAAAAAAACAGCACUCACCUAUGCAUAAAUAUGUACUAAGUAUAUAUGAGUAUUUUAUUUAAUGUAAACCAACCUAUUUGCAUUUCUUUUACUUAAACUUACUUGGCAUUGUAAGUAUUUAUGCAUAUAUAACAACCACUUUUUCGUAGGUAUAUCUCUGAAACCAGUAUUUGAUUUAUUUGGAAAUAUAAUAAAGCCUAUUUAAUUAAUAAAAAUAUUAUACCUAGACUUAUUUAAAUAAAUCCUGCUUAUAAACGCUUUAUUUCACCUAAACAUGGACAAACUAAACGCAUGCCUACAGCAGUGUUAACGGUAUGGACUAUAAACAUGGUGUGUUGGAAGACAUUUCACCUUACUCAUGCAUUUACACACAAACUCACGCAUACAAUGUUUGCUUAAAUCAGUAACUGCUUUCGUUAUAACGUAUUGUGCAGCUUUUAACAAUUCAUUUAAUAUAACAUCAUAUUUUUUUAAAUUAUAUUUUUUAAAUUAUGUUUUUUAAUUAAUAUUUUUAUUUUUUAUUAUUAAUUUUUAUUUAUUAUUCUACAGAUUUUUAUGUUCCCCCUUCUUUUUGUUUGUUUUAUUUCUUAUUUUUGUUCUCUCUCAUUGCAACUUUCAAUCUUUAUACGUUUUCGCUUACAAAUCAUUAGCAACAUUUGGAAGUGUUUUGAAAAAAAAAAAAUAAUUAAAUUAUUUAUGGUGCA